AUGGGUAGGCUUUUAUCUGAAGUGCUCGACUUCGUCCAGCCGUGGUACGCCAAGUUCUCGGUUUCUUCAUCUUCAUCUCCCCCCCCCUCCUCCUCCUCCUCCUCCUUUUCCUCUCUAUUCUUUCCCUUCUUCCCCUCCUUCCUCGUCUCCUUAUUAUCCUUCUACUUCACCCCAUUCUUCUUCUUCUUCUUCUUCCCCUUCUUCCUUUUCUUCUUCCUCUUCUUCUUCUUCCUCUUCUCCUCUGUCUCUUCUCCUCGGCCUGAAGCACCAUACAGUAAAACUGGCUGA